UUGCUUUUUCCCUUAUCGACCAUGCUUCGCAACAAGGCGGCGUAUUAUCAACACUCUUAUCAAUUUCAUUUCGCAGAUUGGCCAGCAAAUCUACCUCAAACUGCAGGAAAAGGAACUAAAAUUGGAACAGGAGCGCCAGGAACUGGAACGUGCUAUAGAAUCUCCCUCACCCGAGCAGUAACGUUAAUUUUAUUGAAUUUACGCUUUAUUUCAAGUUAAGUAAGAUGCCUUCUGCACUUGGUUGUUAGUUACUAGAAUACUUACUUCAUAAGAAACAUGCCCCGGCUGGUGCACAUACUGCGGGCCGGUAAACUUGACUAUCACAAAUCACUACGUCUGCAAAAAGUUAUCUCAUCGACGGUACUAAAAGACUCAACCGGCCCAUUUCGAAACGUACUGAUUCUCACGGAGCAUGAUCCAGUUUACACCGUCGGCAUUCGAACCAAAGAUUACGGACCGGCGGAAGAGCAGCGUCUAAAAACCCUCGGAGCGCAGUUUGUCCGUACCAAUCGUGGAGGGCUGAUUACGUUCCAUGGUCCAGGUCAGCUAGUGGCUUAUCCGAUUCUUAAUUUAAAAAACUUUCAACCCAGCGUCCGCUGGUACGUUUGUCACAUCGAAAAGACGAUCAUUGAACUCUGUCGGCGGUACGGAAUCCGGGCGGCAACAACGGAGGACACCGGUGUGUGGGUACAGGAUCGAAAAAUAUGCGCCAUAGGAAUUCAUGCGAGCAGGUAUGUGACGACGCAUGGGUUGGCUUUGAAUUGUAACAACGAUCUGCGCUGGUUCGAGCAUAUUGUCCCGUGUGGGAUUCCAGGGAAGGGAGUUACAUCGUUGAGCGUUGAAGCGGGUCGUGAAUUGGGUGUGGAUAGUGUUACGUCGGAGUUUCUGAAGAGCUUACGCGUUACGCUUGAGUGUGAUUUGGAAGAGAUGCAGGAAUCUCAGCGAGAUAGCUUUCUGCGAGAUAUUGGUUAGGGUGUUCUUUUUAACGAUUAAAAGGGUUCUGUUUCACAGCCCAAUAAGCCAAUAACAAGCUGUAUGUUGCGAAUAAAAUAUGCUAGGCGCUUUUAAAAUAA